AUGCACAAGGACGUAAAUGAUACCCACCCCGACAAAUCUUCUUCACUAGGUAAAGUACAAUCGAGAAUUUACAGAUCAUAUAGACCUAAGGAUGCUUUUCUUCUUGACAUCACCAAGGUCAAAGCUCAAUACACAGAUCUUCAGUGUCUGCAAGAGAUCAAAGCCCAACGCCCUACAUUUCAUGCUUGUUCUUUUCUCAAAGAUGGUUCAGCUCGAUAUCUCGAGAUUUAUAUUGAAUCUCAACAUGAUGUCAAUGAUCUUGGUGCGAAUCAUUCCGUGCCAAGCCAUCGAUCCGAAGCUCUGGAAGGCCUAAAGGUCAGUUUAUCUCCUUUCGGCCAAGUUAUUGACGUCGGCAUUAUAACCGAACCUAAUACUGGGUUUUUUAUGGGAUCCGAUUAUGCUGUCAUUGGUAUUCCCAGACAGUCAGGAGAAGACCAAAUCAAGUAUCAGGAGUUAGCUCACAAUAUCCGUUAG